GGGUGGGGGAGGCUGGGGCCCGAGAUUAGCUCAGCUUUACAUCACCCCAGGCCGGUGGCUGGGCCCGGCAUCUGCCGAGGCAGCCCAUACACUUGUAGAGCCAGUUGCAGAGGCUCCGCACUGACGGGACAGCGGCUCAAACAUGCAGGGGCGGUGGGCUCUCUGAGCCCAGCCCCAACCCCAGCCCCAGCCAGCCGGACCCAAGCAAAUGAGCCCCCUGACCUCGACAGCAAGAUGAACCUCACUCCAAUGACACUUUCUAUGGAUUCUCCCCGGAGGAAAAAGCAGCUGGAAUUUGAUGAUGAUGACAAUGAUGACUCAGUUCCAGAGCAGCCCCCCCUGAAGCGAGCCCAUCGAGACCCUCAGCUUUGCCCAGCCCCCUGCCAGCAGCCCCUCAUCAGGCCACCAGAGCCCACCUCUGAUGCUCCUGCUACCUUUUCUAGGUUGGGGCCCUACAUCCUCCUAGAGGCCCAGGAAGGUGGCAGGGCCUACCGGGCAGUGCAUUGCCCCACAAACACAGAAUACACGUGUAAGGUGCAUCCAGCCAGUUCCUAUCAAGAGUUGUUGUCUCCCUAUGCCCACCUACCCCGACACCCUCAUGUAGCUCCUGUGGCUGAGGCAGUCUUGGGCAAGCACCAUGUCUAUGUAUUCUUCCCAAGGGCAUAUGGUGACAUGCACAGCUAUGUGAGGGAGCGAAGACGGGUCCCCGAGCGGGAGGCAGCCUCACUCUUCCUCCAGAUGGCUCAAGCUGUGGCCCAUUGCCACCAGCACAAUCUGGUCUUGCGAGACCUCAAGCUGAGGAAGUUUGUCUUUGUCAACCAGGAGAGGACAAAGCUGGCUCUGGAGAAUCUGGAAGACUCCUGUCUGCUAACAGGGCCAGAUGACUCCCUAUGGGAUAAGCAUGGCUGUCCAGCCUACGUGGGGCCUGAGAUCCUCACCUCCCGGGACUCGUAUUCGGGCAAGGCAGCUGAUGUGUGGAGCCUGGGUGUGGCACUGUACACCAUGUUGGCUGGCCGCUACCCAUUCCAGGACACAGCCCCUGCCCUACUAUUUGGCAAGAUCCGAAGGGGCGCCUUUUCCCUCCCUGAGGGCCUCUCAACCCGUGCCCGCUGCCUUGUGCGCUGCCUGCUCAGGCGGGAGCCCAGUGAGAGGCUGACCGCCCAGGGCAUUUUGCUGCAUCCCUGGUUGCAGGGAGGGAGGGAUCCCUCUGAGGAACCUGGAGUAUGGGGGACAGAGCAAGUGGUGCCAGACAGCCAAGACCCCAGGGAGGAGGAGGCCAGGCAGGAAACUGAGGAGGAGCUAUAUAGUUAGGCCAGGAGGGCAUCUCCUCUGCCCUAACCCUGACUGGCCCCACUGGCUGGGGGCAGCUCGAGCCUCAUGGAAACUCCCCACCUUCCUCUUUGAAUCAAGCCAAACCCCACUCAAGUGCCUUAACGGUGGAAAAGAUGGGAGGCAUGUGUGUGUGUGUGUACAUGAUUGUUACCUACUGCACACAGUUGACAUACACACAUGCUAGUAUGUGCGUACACUAAUGUAUGUGGAGGUUGGUACACGCAUGUGGCAAACUCAGGCCAAACAUAUACUGCAUAGUAGUGCACAUAUUGUCAUAUGUACAUAGCCGGUAGUGUACAGACACCUAGAAAUCAUGCUGUUGCCGUAGCUUCCUGAAUUGAGUCGCCAGAAGGCCCCCUCGUGGCCCUUCCCCUGGGGACUCAGAGUGCUGAGGAAAGAUGCUGGAGGGAGAGCUGGGCCACCAGCCAGCCAGUAAGAAAACAAUAGCAGAGGCCUCACUUGGAGUGGGAACACUGGGAAGAAGGCAUUAUCCAGGGCAGACUGGAAGGUCUAUGUUUGGGAGUGGGGGGAUGGGACUGGGUGAGAAGCAGUCAUCUCAGGUAUCAGAUCCAGUCCUUGGUUCCAGAGCUCCGAGGCUUAUGAGGAAUUGUAUGCCCAGGCAGCUGAUGGUGGACCAGGGAAGGGGAGUAUGAAGGACUUCUUCUCAGCCUCCAAGAGAGGCCCUCAGCUUACUGAUUCUGGGAACUGUGUUUUCCCUUCCCUGUCCCCAAAUACCAGUUCAACAUUCCUUCAGGCUGUGUGAUUUCAGAGCCAGUUAAAGAGUUCGGUCUGAGAACCAGGCCCUCUCCCCAGGGGCCUGCUCCAGUGCCUGGACACCUGCUUCCUGAGUUCCCUUGGGACCUCCAAUUGACUCUAUGGGGCAAGGACAUGAUAUGCAGCUUCUAUUUUUGUCUUUUGACUAAUAAAGGACAUUUUUAAAAUA